GUUGAAUCAAAAGUUAAUAGUAUAACAAAAAGGUCAGAUUUUUCAUAUAUUAUUGAUAGUAUACCUAUUCUUAAUUCUGAGGUUAAUGAAUAUGGUCAACAGAGUCAACCUCCAACCUAUGGAUACAAUAAUGGUCAAGGUCAUGUAAACAGCGCAGUAGGAAAAAACUGGAAUAAAGAACCAAGGUUUCAAGAUUUAUGGGCGACCAUUUUGUUUCUCAUUCAAUUUGUUGGGUUUCUUGCAUUAAGCUAUGUUGGAAUAAAGACGAUAUUAAACAAAAAUAAAUUGUCAAACUCAAAUCCCGCCGAUGACGAUAAUGAUAUUAUUAAGGGUAUUAAAUUGGAUACUAAUAGCAUAGUAUUACUUGUAGUUGCGGGAAUUUUCGGAUUUUUUUUAAGUUUACUAUACAUGGCUUUAAUGCAAAAAUUCCCAAAACCUCUUAUAAAAAUCACUUUAUAUCUCUCAAUUGCAACUUAUUUUAUUGCUGCUGCUAUUUAUGGUUAUGUUGGACAAAUCAUAUUGGCGGUUAUGUUUGCAAUUUUUGGAGUAAUUUAUUUGAUUUGUGCUUUUACAUGGCGUGAUAGAAUUCCAUUUGCAGCUAUUUUGUUAGAAACCAUUACUACGCUUACAAAAAAAUACUAUGGUACGAUAAUAAUGGGGUUUGCAGGUUUAAUAGUUCAAGUAGGAUGGUCAAUUUGGUGGGCAUUGACUGUAAUUGGAGCAUUCGAUAAAUUUUUUGAAUCGAGCGGAUGUGAAGAAACAACACCAAACAAUAAAGGAAUACGUGGAUUUAAUUGUAAAGAUCCGUAUUUAUAUAUUGUCUUGUUAUUUUUAGUAUUCAAUUUCUAUUGGACUAGUCAGGUUAUAAAAACUGUUGUUCAUGUUACCGAUUCUGGAGUAUUUGCUACUUAUUAUUUCCUCGAUGGCACCGCUCAAGGUGUAGGCAACUCCCCAACCUUAAGCGCACUAAAACGUGCUUGUACUACUUCAUUCGGUAGUAUCUGUUUCGGUAGUUUGAUUAUUGCGAUUCUUAAUACUAUAAAAGCUAUCCUUCGUAGCGUUGCGAACAGUAAUGAUGAUGCGUGUGGAUUUGUUGCUGCUUGUUUCGCCUGUUUAUUAGCUUGGAUUGAAAAUCUUGUAGAAUAUUUCAAUCAUUAUGCUUACGUUGAAGUCGCGAUAUACGGUAAAUCAUACUGUCAUGCUGCAAAAGAUACUUGGAAAUUAAUAAAGAAUCGUGGUGUUGAAGCCAUCAUUAAUGAUAAUCUCAUUGGAAAUGUACUCACAAUGGGGGCUAUAUUUAUUGGUGUUCUUUGUGCAUUAUUUGGUUACGGUUAUAUUAGUCUAUUCCUUAAAGACAUGAAAGAUAAUGGAACAUUAACUUUGAUCCUUGUUGUAAUUUGCUUUAUCCUUGGUUUGAUGAUGACGAUCGUUGUUACGGAUGCUAUUGAUUCUGGUGUUGCAACUACAUUUGUUGCUUUGGCUGAAGAUCCUGAUGCAUUAAGGCGAACUAAACCAAUAUUAUUUGAGAGAAUUCGACGUGAAUGGCCCUCG